AUGCUCGCCACUCUCCCGCUCCAUGCACACGCCCAUGUCGUGCACACCAAAUCCAACAAAUCCAAACCUCUUGCCGACACCAUUCUCACCACCCUCCUUACCCCUUCCUCCAACGACGGCGACAAUAACACGACGGCUACCACUAAAUCCACUACUACUCGCAACAUGACCAAAUCACACAGUUCGAUCCACGAGCUACAAGCACCCAAUUUCAAGCGUACAGACAGCACGGACAAGGUCCGUCUGCGCGUCGAAGAAAUGGCGACGCACCGCGAGAAUGGGACGGUCCCCACGUCGGGCUCCUCGCGCUUUGGUGCCGACGGGAGCAAUAACUACAUGAAGGGCAUGCAAUAUACGUUCGCGGUGGACCCGCGCGUCAAGCCUAUUGCUACGACUACUGCGACUUCGGCCUCGAACACCAAUGGCGCUCAGGGUGCCGAAGGCGGAAAGAGUAUGAUGGGCAAGAUGAGAGUUAGGCCGAUGCACCCACCCCCUGUUCCACCUGGAAGGUUCAAAGCUGAGCCUGGCAAGGAUGGCGAUAUGACCAUGCACGGGAAUGCGGGUAACACGGCAUCGAAUGGGUCGAGAAAUGAGCACGCAAUGGAUGUGAGCGAGGAUCACUCGCAUGCCG